CGCCGCCUUCGUCUCGUUUAUCAGCGAUUGCGAAUUGCGGGCUGCUCAACACUUUAGUCAAUAUUUAGCGGCUUCCCAGAGAGGUUCACAGAUCGCAGAUCGCAGACGCACUAUAUAGUAUCAGCAUGGUUAUCAACUUCGCCGCCGGUCCAGCCAAGUUGCCCGAAGAGGUACUGAAAGAGGUGCAGGAAAACCUUGUCAACUGCAAUGGCAGCGGCAUCUCGGUCAUGGAGAUGUCCCAUCGCUCCAGCAACUAUGCCAAGAUCCACGAUGCGGCCAUCAACGAUCUUCGUGAGCUCCUGAACGUGCCCAGCAACUACAAGAUCCUGCUGAUGCAGGGCGGCGGCACCGGACAGUUUGCUGCAGUGGCUCUGAACUUGAUUGGCAAAACCGGCUCAGCUGAUUAUGUAAUCACCGGCUCCUGGUCGGCCAAGGCGGCCAAGGAGGCGGCGCAGUACGGCACUGUGAAUGCGGUGCUGCCAAAGCUGGCCAAAUAUACAACUGUUCCGAGGCAGGAGACUUGGAAGCUGGACCCCAAUGCCUCGUAUGUCUACUACUGCGACAAUGAGACCGUCGAGGGCGUGGAGUUUGACUUUGUGCCCGAGGUUCCGGCCGGUGUGCCACUGGUGGCCGACAUGUCCUCCAACUUUCUGUCGCGUCCCUUCGAUGUCUCCAAGUUUGGCGUGAUCUAUGCUGGAGCCCAGAAGAAUAUCGGACCAGCGGGCACCACAGUGAUCAUUGUCAGGGAAGAUUUGAUCGGCAAGCACUUGAAGAUCACGCCCUCCAUCCUGAACUUUGAGCAAAUGGACAAGAACAACUCCCUGCUGAAUACUCCGCCAACCUUUGGCAUCUAUGUGAUGGGCCUGGUUUUCAAGUGGAUCAAGCGCAACGGAGGAGUCGCUGGAAUGGCCAAGCUGGCGGCGGCAAAGUCCAAGCUCAUUUACGACACAAUCAACCAGUCGAAUGGUUUCUAUUACUGCCCAGUGGAUGUCAAUGUGCGUUCGAGGAUGAAUGUGCCCUUCCGCAUUGGCAGUGCCAGUGGAGAUGAUGCCCUCGAGAAGGAGUUCCUGACCAAAGCUGAGGCGGAGGGCAUGAUCCAGUUGAAGGGCCAUCGCUCGGUGGGCGGCAUUCGGGCCUCCCUCUACAAUGCUGUAACGCUGGCGGAGACCCAACAGUUGGCCAAUCUGAUGCUGGCCUUUUACAAGAACAAUAAAAAUUAAGCGGGCUCAUAUGUAA